AUGAGUGAUCUUAUACAAGGUUUUCAAUAUCAAAAUCAAAAUAGAAUUCAUUAUAAAAAAGAAAAUCUAAUUGUCUAUCGAGGAAUCAAAUUAUUGAGAGAACAACUUGAAGAAUUCAAAGAAAAUGAAGGAAAACUUAUUUCAAGCAAUGGAUUCUUUACAGCAACUCGAUUUCGAUCAAAUGCAUUGAAUUUUGCUAGAAAAUCAGUAAGACAAAGCAAUUUGGUUGCUGCUGUUUUAGAAAUUGAAUGUAAUUCAGAAGAUUUUGACAAAAAUAUUAUUUUUACGGACAUAGAUAAAUCUAAUGAGUUUUAUCAAGCAGAUAUUCUCUUCAAUUUAAAUGUCAUAUUUCAUUUGGACAGUAUUGAAUUUGAUAAAAGUAUUUGGAUUAUUAAAAUGGAUAUUUCGAAUGAAGGAAAAACUAUUCUAGAAAAAUAUAUUGAAGAUACACGACGUCAAAUCGAACAUUUAAGUAUUGAAAUUAUAUUUGGACGUCUUAUGUUGGACAUGGAUCAAUGGGAUCAAUCACAAAAAUAUUUUGAACACUUAUUAAUCCAUUCAAAUGGUAAAGAUCAGGCAUGGAUAGAACAUAGUCUUGGUGAAAUUCAUCAUUGGAAACGAGAAUUUAUUGCAGCACGUAAAUAUUAUGAUCAGGCUUACAAACGAAUGAUUAAUCCAAAACAAAUGCGUAUCAAAGAUUCAGCUCGGAUACUUUCUGAUAUCGGUGAACUUUUGAGUGUAGAAGGAAAACUCGAUGAAGCCAUGGAUUUUCAUAAACGAGCAUUAAAAAUUCGUAAGGAAUAUUAUUCUCCUCAUCAUGUGCAUAUUGGAACUAGUUUACGAAAUAUUGGUGAUAUUCUCUAUAUGCAAGAGAAGUAUGAUAGAGCAUUCGGACACUUUCAAGAAGCACUUGCAAUUUUGGAGAAAUAUUACAAUUGUUCUCAUAUUGAUAUUGCUAAGUGUCUGUUUUCUAUUGGGCGCUAUUUUCGUGAGCAAAUAAAUUACGAUAAAGCUCUCGACUUUCAUCGACGAUCAAUCGCAAUUUACGAAAAAUACUAUCCUUUUGGCCAUGUGUUAAUUUCAUUAACACUCAAUAACAUCGCAGAUAUUCUUUCUCGACAAGAUAAAUAUGAUGAAGCUAUUGAUGUUUAUCAUCGAGCAGUAAAAAUGGAAAAGAAACGUUAUCCAAUUGAUCAUAUGAUUAUCUCUGACAAUCUUUAUACGAUUGGUAAUAUUAACUAUUAUCAAAGGAACUAUGUUUCUGCUUUAGAAUUCUAUCAACAAUCAUUGACAAUACUAAAACAAUAUGUGUUCUAUGGUCAUAUUGAUAUUAACCGUCUUUUAGAUAUUAUUGGUAGUGUUCUAUGUAGAUUAGAAAAGCUUGAUGACGCUAUGGCCUUUCAUCGUCAAGCACUCGCUUUAGAAGAGAAAUAUUAUUCGUCAUUUCAAGCCACUAUAGCAUAUACAUUGAACGGUAUUGGAGAUGUUCUAAACUAUCAAGAAAAAUAUGAAGAAGCUUUAUCCCAUUAUAAACAAGCGUUAAUGAUGCAAAAUAAUUACUAUCCUUUGGGUCAUGUGAGUAUAGCUUUUACACUUCAAAAUAUAGGUGAUGUAUUAUCCGAACAAGAAAAAUUUGAUGAAGCCCUCGAAUCAUAUCAGCAAGCAUCUUUGAUACUAGAAAAAUACUGUGUAUAUCCUAGCAGUGACAUCACUCAUAAUUUGAUCGGUAUCGGUGAUAUUCUAGAUAAUCAAAAAAAGUUCGAUGAAGCCAUAGGAUACUAUCAAAGAGCAUUGGAUAUUCAAAAGAACUAUUAUCACUCUGAUCAUCCCAACAUUGCUGAUACAUUUAAUGAUAUUGGUUAUGUAUUCCGCCGGCAGACAAAGUUCGAUGAGGCCAUGAAAUAUCAUAAAAAAGCAUUAGAAAUUCAAGAGAAAAAUUAUCCUUCAGGACAUGUUAGAGUUGCUCAGACACUCCGUUUUAUCGGUUAUGUAUUGGAGGACGAAAGAAAAUAUGAUGAGGCACUUGAUUUCUUUCAACAAGCCCAUUCACUACUUGCAAGACUUGGAAGCUGCUAUCCUUCGGACCAAUUACAUAUUGCUCACAAUCUAAGUGAUAUUAGUGCCGUUCUAUCUUCACAAGACAAACAUCAAGAAGCUCUUGAAUAUCAACAACGUGCACUAUCAAUCAGAGAAAAAUGUUUACCACCUAAUCAUACCGAUAUUGUCGCUAGUUGCAUUGAAAUUAGUCUUAGUUUGCGUAAUCAAGGUAAACUUGCUGAUGCUCUUGAAUUUCAACAACGAGCUCUAGCAAUUCAAGGAAAACUCCAUCCAUUGAAUCAUGUGAAAAUAGCUGACCAAUUGCAUGAUAUUGGUAUUACUCUUGUUGAACAAGGAAAACAUAAUGAGGCCUUCGGUUUUUAUCAACUGGCAUUAGAAAUAAGAGAGACAUUUGACCCAUUUGGCCUUGACGACCUUGCCGUUCUCCUCUGUAACAUUAGUGAUACACUUAGUCGUCAACGAAAAUAUGGUGAUGCACUCGAUUUUCAAAAACGAGCACUCAAAAUACGAGAAGGCCAAUAUCCAUCAGACCAUCCGCUCGUUCUCCAUAAUCUUAACAACAUCCUUCAGGAACAAGAAAAGUACAAUGAAGUACUUGAUCAGUAUCAACAAGUACUUGCAAUCUAUCAGAAGUUUUAUUCAUCCUGUUAUCAUGACAUCAUUACUUGCCUUAGUACUAUCGGUGAUAUACUUGACGAUCAAGAAAAAUAUAAAGAAACACUUCUCUAUCGACAACAAGUAUUAGCGAUAAGAGAAGAACAUUGUUCGUCAAAUCAUGAACAUAUUGCAACUGAUCUUACAAAUAUCGGUGAUCUUCGAGUGAGUCUAAAUGAGUAUGAUAAAGCUGUCGAAGUCUAUAAACGAGCAUUGUCCAUCAGAGAACAAUACUGCUCAUCUGAUCAAGUUGGGAUUGCCGUUAUUCUAGAACAGAUCAGUUAUGUUCUACGACAGCAAAAGAAGUACGAUGAAGCCUUCGAUCUGGAGCAAAAGGCAUUGAAAAUUUAUGAGAGAUUGUAUCCGGAUGGUGAUACUAGUACGAUUUGGUGUCUUAAUUACAUGUCACGUAUUUUAUAUGAACAACAACAGUAUGAUAAAGCGUUCGAAUUACAACAACAAGCACUCGCACUCAGCGAAACAUGUUCUACAUGCAGUUAUACAGAGAUUGGUAUGACUCUCUGUUAUAUGGGUAACACGAUGUAUACGCAAGCCCGAUAUGAUGAAGCUAUUGACUUCUAUCAACAAUCAUUGAUACAUUAUGAAGGAGCUUAUCCUUCUACCUAUGCGGACGUGGUCACUCUAUUAAGUAAUAUAAGUGGAGCUUUUAAAGCGCAAUUACACUACGAUAAAGCUCUGAACAUGCAACAUCGAGUAUUAAAACUUCGGAAGGAAAACCAACCAUUCGAUUAUUUUAUGAUUGCCAAAGAUCUUACAGAAAUAGGUGACAUACUCUAUAAACAAGAAAAAUAUGGUGAUGCUCUUGAUUUUUAUCAACAAGCACUAUCUAUGUUCGAAGAAUAUUGUACCACGAAUCAUACUGAAAUAUCUGAUUGUCUACAAGAGAUUGCGAAUAUUUGGAAUGCAAUAGGCGAUUUUGAUCGUGCUAUUGAAAAUUGCAAAAGAUGUCUAUGCAUCAGAGAAAGGAGUUUACCUAUCAACGAUCCUAUAAUUGCUGACACUCUACUCUAUAUGAGUCAACUUCAAAGAAAUGGAAAUUAUCAUGAACUCUCCUUGGCAUACGAAAUGAACUGCUGCUGGAUGCGUAUGAAAUUUUUAUCACCAGAUCAAGUAGAGAUUGGUGAUAGUUUUUCUCGUAUUGGUGAAAGUUACGGGCAUCUCGAUAAACCGAAAUUAGCACUCGAUAAUUACAAACAAGCACUAGCUAUCUAUGAAAAAUGUUUACCCAAUUGGCAUGAACAUCGAAUGGAUAUGGAAUCAAAAAUAGAACGACUCUUAAAUGAACUAAUGAAUUAA